UGUAACUACAGGCUAUGAGUGCCACUGAUGACUUUGAUAGGAUUCUGAUCAAACUGCUCAUUACAGUCUCUAUCUCAGCCGGACUCUUCAUUUUCUUUGCUGUUUUUCAGCUGAAAAAGAAAAAGCCCAGUUUUAGCGACUUUGACGAAGUGGAAACAAGGCCUGAUCCCAUAUACAAUCAGACUGAUAAAACAAUGCUGGCCUCAAGAUCGAAACAUCAUGAUGCCCAAACUAUGGGCACUGGAAAAGCAAUUGCUGUACUGACAUCCGGAGGCGAUGCACAAGGAAUGAAUGCAGCUGUCAGAGCCGUGGUAAGAGUGGGAAUAUAUACAGGCGCCAAAGUCUACUUUGUCCAUGAGGGAUACCAGGGAUUGGUUGACGGAGGUGACAACAUCAAAGAAGCUACAUGGGAAAGUGUUUCAAUGAUGCUGCAGUUGGGUGGGACAGUUAUAGGCAGUGCAAGAUGUCAAGAUUUCCGAGGCCGAGAGGGUCGCCUUAAAGCAGCCUGCAAUCUGGUUAAGAAAGGAAUUACCAACUUGUGUGUGAUUGGUGGAGAUGGCAGCUUGACUGGAGCAGACACCUUUCGAACAGAGUGGAGCAACUUGCUGGCUGAUUUAGUAAAAGCAGGUAGAAUUACUGCUGACGAAUCCAAAAAGUCUAGUCAUCUGAAUAUUGUUGGGUUAGUUGGAUCCAUUGAUAAUGAUUUCUGUGGCACUGAUAUGACAAUCGGUACAGACUCUGCCUUACACAGAAUAAUGGAAAUAGUAGAUGCCAUCACAACCACUGCACAAAGUCACCAGAGGACCUUUGUUCUUGAAGUGAUGGGUCGACACUGUGGGUAUUUGGCCUUGAUAACGGCUCUUGCCUGUGGUGCUGAUUGGGUUUUCAUUCCAGAAUCACCGCCUGAAGAGAACUGGGAAGAACAUCUUUGUAGAAGGUUAAGUGAGACAAGAGGACGUGGAUCACGGCUGAACAUUAUCAUCGUUGCUGAAGGCGCAAUUGAUCUGAAUGGCAAACCCAUUACAUCCGAUCUAGUUAAAGAUUUAGUGGUAAAACGUCUGGGAUAUGACACAAGGGUCACUGUGCUUGGACAUGUUCAGCGAGGUGGAACACCAUCCGCCUUCGACAGAAUUUUGGGAAGCCGAAUGGGUGUUGAAGCUGUGAUGGCCCUGUUGGAAGGAACACCAGAUACACCAGCUUGUGUGGUCAGUUUGUCUGGAAAUCAAGCAAUUAGACUUCCACUGAUGGAAUGUGUACAAGUGACUAAGGACGUGACACAGGCGAUGACUGAGAAGAGGUUUGAUGAGGCCCUUAAAUUACGAGGAAGGAGUUUUGAAAACAACUGGAAGGUUUAUAGAACCUUGGCUCAUGUCAGACCUACAGCUACAAAGAGUGGGUAUAAUCUGGCUAUUCUGAAUGUUGGAGCACCCGCAGCAGGCAUGAAUGCAGCAGUGAGGUCCACAGUGAGAAUUGGCAUUAUUCAAGGUCACACAAUGUUUGCUGUUCAUGAUGGAUUUGAGGGGCUUGCAAAAGGACAGCUUGAAGAAAUUGGAUGGAGCGGUGUUGGUGGAUGGACUGGACAAGGAGGAUCACGUCUUGGCACUAAGAGGACUCUGCCCAAGAAAUACUUUGAAGACAUCAGUAAUACCAUAAGCAACUAUAAUAUACAUGGGCUGAUCAUUAUAGGCGGUUUUGAGGCAUUUACAGGCAGCUUGGAACUGAUGGAAGGGCGUUGCAAGUAUGAAGAACUAUGCAUACCCAUUGUUGUUAUCCCCGCCACUGUGUCAAACAAUGUUCCUGGAUCUGAUUUCAGUAUUGGUGCAGAUACGGCUCUUAACACAAUUACAGUUACCUGCGAUCGAAUCAAGCAGUCUGCCGCAGGCACUAAGCGAAGAGUCUUUAUCAUUGAGACAAUGGGAGGUUACUGUGGUUAUCUGGCUACAAUGGCAGGAUUUGCUGCCGGUGCUGACGCAGCUUAUAUUUAUGAAGAACAAUUCAGCAUACAUGAUUUACAAAUUAAUGUUGAGCACCUUACAGAAAAAAUGAAGACCACAGUAAAACGAGGUUUAAUACUGAGGAAUGAGAGGUGCAAUGACAAUUAUUCAACAGAUUUUAUAUUUAAUUUGUAUUCUGAAGAAGGAAAAGGUGUUUUUGACUGCAGGAAGAAUGUCCUUGGUCACAUGCAGCAGGGCGGAACCCCUACUCCCUUUGAUCGAAACUUUGGCACAAAAAUGGGUGCAAAGGCCGUCCUUUGGAUGACAGGGAAAGUGAAGGAAUGCUCUAGACAUGGCCGCAUUUUCGCUAACACACCAGACUCGGCUUGUUUGCUGGGAAUGCGCAAGCGAAGUCUUGUUUUCCAGCCUCUGGUUGAACUGAAGGAGCAGACUGAUUUUGAACAUCGUCUCCCCAAAGAGCAGUGGUGGCUGAAACUCCGCCCCAUCCUGAAAAUUCUCGCAAAAUAUAAUAUCAGCCUGGACACAUCUGAACACGCACAUAUGGAACACAUUACCCGCAAGACAUCUCCUCCAGCCCAUAUCUAGUGCUGGUGCCCCAAGCUUGAAGGUGCUGCCUGUUACAGCUAAAGAUGGAAGGGUACAUACGAAACCCCCGAAUGGUGUGUUUUCAGCAUGCAGUGAACUUAUUUUGCUAUUUGCUAAAACGUUAAUUAUUGAGAUGUUUGCUUUGUAAUGUAGAUGAGAGAUUGAAUAUAAAUCAGUUAAAGGUGCUGUUCUUAGCACUCACUUGCCAAGAAUGAACUGUGGUGCCAAAUAAAGUAUUCUGGGACUACUGACCUGACAGUACUGAUACUACUGCUAGCAUAGUACUGUAUGGUACUACUGACCUGACUAAAACCUGCACAUUAACCUAUGUAACCAGCCAAAUCAGAGUCUCUAUCAAAUUGCACAAUAAACAUGUACAUUAACCUAUGUAACCAGCCAAAAUCAGAGUUUCUAUCAAACUGCACAAUAAACGUGAACAUUAACCUAUGUAACCAACCAAAUCAGAGUCUCUUUCAAACUGCACAAUAAACGUGUACAUUAACCUGUGUAACCAACCAAAUCAGAGUCUCUAUCAAACUGCACAAUAAACGUGUACAUUAACCUAUGUAACCAACCAAAUCAGAGUCUCUAUCAAACUGCACAAUAAACAUGUACAUUAACCUAUGUAACCAGCCAAAUCAGAGUCUCUAUCAAACUGCACAAUAAACAUGUAAAUUAACCUAUGUAACCAGGCAGAUCAGAGUCUCUAUCAAACUGCACAAUAAACAUGUAAAUUAACCUAUGUAACCAGGCAGAUCAGAGUUUCUAUCAAACUGCUGCCAUACACUUCUUCAGCUGGUUGUGAUAUACCAGCAGUAGCUUGGAUUUUGGGGUAAUAUAUCUAAACGCAUUCUCAAAUGGAUUGUGCCACACCACUGUACUGCAUUCAAGUAUAAAACAAAAUUAAACAUUUAUUAUAAAUGUCAGUUUCAUCCUUAAACAGGCACGAAAUACUGUAUUAUUAAUGGAUAACUGUAUUAAAAAAUAUUGCAAUUAAAACCAUUAAAACAAAA